AUGGAUGAGAAGAAACGUUUUGUGUGCAAUGAGGCUGGCGAUGACGCCCAGCUGCCUCCUUCUCGCAAGAGCCCGUCUCCCGCGAAGAGAGCCGUCAUUGCUUGUUUCGCUUUGUGGCUUGUGACAUUGACUUUUACGGUCCGUCCUAUGAAGUCAUGCUAUCAUCAAAUGAGAAAGCCUUGGGGCGUACCCCUUACCGUCGAGGAGAGGGCUCACAGCAUUCUGUCCCACAACCCACUGAUCGGUGCGACGCCCUAUGGUCACAAUGACCUCCCUAUCCUCGUCCGAGGAUUCUUCCACAACCACAUCUACGAGAAGAAUUUCACUGAGCCCUUUGAGAACGGCGGCCUCGUCGGCCAUGUUGAUCUGCCCAGACUUCGCAAGGGUCAGAACGGGGGUGCUUUCUGGAGUGUUUACACUCCAUGCCCUGCCAAUGGCAGUGACUUCUCGGAUGAGAACUACGCUGAGAGUGUCCAGUGGACUCUCGAUCAAAUCGACGUCAUGACCCGCAUCAAGGACUCAUAUCCCAGGGACUUCUCCUCCAGCGAAGACAGCGGCGCGGCCUUGAAAGCAUUUGAGAAGGGCCAGCUCAUCUCACCUCUAGGUGUCGAGGGACUGCAUCAGAUCGGCAACUCUGUCGCCAAUCUCCGACGCUACCAUGCCUUGGGUGUUCGCUACUCGACCCUUACCCACAACUGCCACAAUAAGUUUGCCGACGCCGCGCUGCUCGAAAGCCCUCUGCGCAAGGCUGAGCCUUUGUGGCACGGGCUGAGCCCUGCAGGUCGUCGUCUCAUCCACGAGAUGAACCGCAUCGGAUUAAUCGUUGACCUCUCCCAUACCAGCGAAGAGACGCAGAUUGACGUCCUCGGAGGCAAGGACUGGGAAGGCAGCAAGGCGCCGGUCAUCUACAGCCACAGCUCCGCCUUCAGCGUCUGCCCGCAUCCGCGCAACGUCAAGGAUAACGUCCUCAAGCUCGUCAAGGACCGCAAUGCAGUCGUCCUGGUCAACUUUGCCCCCGACUUCAUCUCCUGCGUCGACUCCGGCAACGAGAACGGCCUGCCCACGUACGUCCCCGCCAACGCCACGCUCGACCAGGUCGUCCGCCAUGUCCUGCACAUUGGCAACCUGAUCGGUUUUGACCAUGUCGGCUUCGGCUCCGACUUUGACGGAAUCGCGUCGGUGCCGAAGGGGCUGGAGGAUGUGUCCAAGUACCCGGAUCUCGUUGCCGAGCUGCUGAGGCAGGGUUUGAGUGACGAGGACGCGGCCAAGGUUGCCGGUGGAAACGUUCUUCGCGUCUGGAAGGAAGUUGAGGCGGUUGCUCAGAAGCUGCAGAAAGAUGGUCAACCUGUUCUUGAGGAUGAUAUCGCCAGCUCGAAGUGA